AUUAUUUAGUCGGUCAAUAAAAAAACAAAUGUUUUGUAGGCUGGGAGAAUGAGCAGAGCAAUUCCCCUCGCAGUGCAGGGAGGUGCGUAGCGCUGUGCUCAAGGCUUCACUGCCCUGUUGUUAUUUGCUUGUUUACAGUCUCUGACAUGAUGUAAUGGGAAGGGGCCGUGAGAGUGCAAGCCAGCAAAUGGCACAGAAAAUAAGGCAGCGCCUUUAUACGCACGUCUGUCUCUUCCUCCCUCUUUUUUUUUUCUUUUUUCACUCGCCUGUUGUUUCCCAAGAACCAGUGCAUAUUUCCUGCGUGUACCUGACCUCCGAAAAUAAAGCACCGCUUUUUCCAUCACGAGCUUCCGUGCAGGUGCUGGUGGAGAAGAAGAGAUACGAUGUCUGUGAAUGGAAUGCAGAAUUGAAAUCUGGCAAUAUUUCAGUUCAAUCAUAUCUAUCAAAAAGAAGUAUUUAUAGCUGUUUGAUUAGAGCUAAACGGUACAUGAUUUAAGCCUGGGACUACUACUAGAUUUAUACAACGCUAACUGAUGCCGAACAUGUGUGUGAUAUAAUGAGUGAUUUUGCAGAUUCAUUUUGUCCUGAAUGGUUCUCCAGUCAUCAACCGCACUACACGAUUUGCUCAGAAUAAACCACACACUUUCGUUCACAUUAUGAUGAGAAAUCAUUAAUCGUAAGCAAUGUGCCCGUUUCUCGGAAACCUGAGGAAAAAAAAACUCUUGCGAACACACUCAAAAUAAACACUGGAUGACACUUUAGCUUAGCUGCCAUUGAUGAUCGUUCUUUCAUGUAGAGAGUGAGUCAUGAGACAGUUGAUUGGGACAGGAGAUAACUACUUUCUCUGACUCUACAGGAUGUCGAGUCUUAAAUAUUGAACCUCGGGAUACCUCAACCGGCUUGCGAGUAGAACGCGGUUGUUAAGAUUCGAUUUUACACUCUGCACACUACAGGGUAAUCUGAGAACAUAAUCGUUUAAGACCAGCCCGAAACGUACGAGUGUCGAGGAAGGAAAAUGAGCCAGAUUUACCUCGAAAUGUGGCAUUAAGAUUAACAGGCACGGCAAGCAGACGUUGGAUGCUGUAAUGAAAAAUUAGCGUUCGGAUCCGAUCUUUUCAUAUAACCUAGUUCGUCAGUGUAGAUCUCAGUAGGAGUGGGCGAUCUGACCAAAAUCCGAUGCGAGAAAGCGUUUCCACGAUGCAUGAUGCGUAUCACGAUGUAUAGGUUUGCAAGCAAAAAAACCCCACAAAGUUGAAUGAUACUUAUCUAUAGAAUAUCUACAGUAUUAAGUCUUAAAUUGGAGACACAGGGAAGGGGUAGCUCAUCGGUUAAGACGUCAGGCUACCGAUCAGAAGGUUGUGAGUUCAAAUCUCAGCACUGCCACUGCUGGGCCCUUGAGCAAGGCCCUUAACCCUCAACUGCUCAGUUGUGUAAAUGAGAUAAUUGUUGGACAAAUGCUGUAAUGUAAUUAAAAAUAUCCCUUAAAAAUGUUGCAGUUUAGAUUAGAAUCAGAUAAAUAAAUAAAAAUCUCACGAUGCACACAAAAUCUCCGUACUGUACCGUCACGUUGCCCAGUCCCAGCUCACUGCACACACUUCUAAUAUUAUCCAUCGUGCGAGUUCCGAGAAACUGACUGUACUUCAACUCCCACAAUCUUCAGCCAGCUCAUUAUUAUUAUUAUUAUUAUUAUUAUUAUACAUGUUGUAUCUAGCUUUUCUCGUGUUCAGGCUCCAAGCAUGUUGUUCAAGCACAACUUCGACACAGCAUAGCAUAAUCACCAGGGCAAAAAGCCAAAAAAGCAAAACGCAAACGCCGUAGCUUUAUGAAUAUUUACACUGCAUAUGCUUACAUGUUUUUGCCAGGCUCGGCAGCAGCUGUUGCAUGUGUGUUUUCUUUUUUGUGUGUGUGCAUUCAAUGCAAAUGUCAGCUUCCUGUCUUGUUUCGUAGCUCUGUGUAGACUAUGUACGUAAGGUAUUGCGUAUGUAUGUGUCUGUGUGUGUGUGUGAGUGAUGUAGAAAGGAGCAGUAGAAGUAUGUUGGUAAUUUCCCUAAUGCCUUCACAUCUCAACAGAACUUGCUUUAAUAUCUCUAUAUUCUCUUAUCGUUCGGAUGUUGUGGUUCAUCUUCCCACAUCAGUAUCGUUGCCGUGCGAUCGAGGGCGAUCGUAGCUUCGGCAGGUUAUCGUCACGAAGGGCCACAGAAGUAAAUAAUCUCUUAAUUGUGAUAUUAAUGCGAUUGUUUUCUGCAGCCCCCAACCCUGCGGAGUGCGGGUCACGCGUGAAAGUGAGCAGCAGCAGCCAUUUCCCAUGUACCGGCGCGAGAGCAAAGUCGAGCCCUGGAUGUUCUGAGUCAGCUGAUUGCACACCCACUAGGCAGUUAAACUAGGCGGUCUUCCGGCUUUAACGUCGAUGCAAAGGCACAAACGGCCCUCCAAAACGGUGCACGUUGACUUCAGUACAAUGAUGCAAGUACAUGCCAAGUCGCUCUCUCUCUCUCUCUCUCUCUUUCUUUGUUCACUUUGCUCCCUUCCCUCUAAUAUGAUCUUCAUCUCGGAUUGCGGCAGUACAGGGGAAUCGGAGCUUGUUGAUCCAAUUUGGCUCAGGUAACUCCGGGCGAUGGCUGAGCCGGAGCACGCGAGCCGAGCCGUGCCUGGAAUGGCGAAGAUGUGCGGUCGAAGCCGCGCAGGGAUUGAUCGAUUCCGCCUGUUAAAGAACAAGAUAAAGAACGUCAGUAAACAGCACGGUGUGCGACUCUUUCUGAUCAGUCACCAAGCGCCACCCCGGGACCCUGCCACGCAGCGGGGCGUGAUCCCACUUUAGGGGGAGCGAGCGGAACAGGGAAAUGAAGUGUGUGCAUGUGUAUAAUGAGAAGAUUGUGCUGACUCACAUAGCACUAGUUCACAUCCUUACUACAGCUGGACCUACAUGAGGCACACAAGGCUCUACAGGUUGCAAGGCAACUCCUUCUUAAGCAGCAGCAGCAGCAGCAGCAAAGUGGAGCCAUCAAGUCUACCAAAAGCAGUGAGAAGCAGCCUGCACUACAGGUGCCAGUGUCAGUGGCUAUGAUGACCCCGCAGGUGAUAACUCCACAGCAAAUGCAGCAGAUUCUCCAGCAGCAAGUCCUGAGCCCUCAACAGCUCCAGAUCCUCUUGCAGCAGCAACAGGCCCUGAUGUUACAGCAGCAGCAGCUUCAGGACUUCUAUAAGAAGCAGCAAGAACAGCUCCAUCUCCAACUCCUUCAACAACAUCAUGGCAGCAAACAGCAGAGCAAAGAGGUUUCCACACAGCAGUUGGCGUUUCAGCAGCAGCUCCUUCAGGUUCAGCAGCUGCAGCAGCAGCAUCUGCUCAGUCUGCAAAGACAAGGCCUGCUGUCCAUCCAGGCGAACCAUAAUCUGCCUCUGCACUCUCUCACGCAGGGCGUGAUUCCAGCUGAGCUGCAGCAGCUGUGGAAGGAGGUGACGGGCACGCACGUGAAGGAGGAGAACAGCGGCAGCAACAACAGCCACCGUGGCCUGGACCUGUCCUCCGCCUCACCCGUGCCUCCCAAAAGCAGCCUCCUCAACCAGCACGCUACGUCGAAUGGCCAGUACGGCAGCCACACGCUCAAGAGAGAGAGCUCAGCGCUGGACGAGCACACGCACCACAGUCACCCACUCUACGCACACGGCGUGUGUAAAUGGCCAGGAUGCGAAGCAGUGUUCGAGGACUUCCAGUCUUUCCUCAAACAUCUGAAUAAUGAGCACGCGUUAGACGACCGGAGUACGGCCCAGUGCCGGGUACAGAUGCAAGUAGUUCAGCAGCUGGAACUGCAGUUAGCGAAAGACAAAGAACGUCUGCAAGCUAUGAUGACUCACCUACAUGUCAAGUCCACAGAGCCCAAACCCACCCCACAGCCCCUCAACCUGGUUUCCAAUGCCACGCUGUCCAAGACGGCCCCCGGAGCAUCGCCGCCCCUCAGCCUGCCUCAAACCCCAACCACACCCACCACCCCGCUUACACCGCUCUCCCACCAUCCCACAGUCAUCACACCCACCAGCCUGCACAGUGUCGGACCCAUUCGCCGACGCUACUCAGACAAGUACAGCAUGCCCAUAUCGCCAGAUAUCGGCCAAAACAAGGAGUUCUACAUGAACACAGACGUGCGUCCUCCCUUCACAUACGCAUCAUUAAUACGCCAGGCAAUACUUGAGUCACCAGAAAGACAGCUAACACUAAACGAGAUAUACAACUGGUUCACGCGAAUGUUUGCAUAUUUCAGGCGGAAUGCAGCUACCUGGAAGAACGCAGUCCGGCAUAACCUUAGUCUUCACAAGUGUUUUGUGCGAGUAGAAAACGUUAAAGGGGCGGUAUGGACUGUUGACGAGCUAGAGUUCCAAAAGAGAAGGCCACAAAAGAUCAGCGGGAGUCCUGCUCUAGUGAAAAACAUUCAGACCAGUUUGGGAUAUGGUCCUGUCCUCCCGGCUACCUUCCAGGCUUCAAUGGCAGAAAACAGCAUACCUCUAUACACUACCGCUUCCAUCGGAAGCCCCACUCUUAACUCGCUUGCCAACGCUAUCCGAGAGGAGAUGAAUGGGGCCAUGGACCACGGUAACAGCAACGGUAGUGACAGCAGUCCCGGACGCUCCCCUCUUUCAGCUAUGCAUCACAUCAGCGUUAAAGAAGAACCACUGGACCCAGAGGAGCAUGAAGGGCCGCUCUCCUUAGUGACAGCCAAUCACAGUCCAGACUUUGAUCACCAUAGAGAUUAUGAGGACGACCACGGGAACGAGGACAUGCUGCCAGACCAAGCACGUAAUUUCUACUUGCAUCCAGUAAAGGAGCCAUUUGGUACUGGGGGACUACUACUUCACAUUGCCUGGCCUGGUGGCAUUGAGACCAGAGUGGACACAUGCAGAGAAAGUUCAACACUGAUCUAGAAACUACAGAAGCGUGCACACUUGAAUCAUUAGCCCCCGAACGGACAUUGAUGCAGAGCAUGUGGGCGCAGGUCUACGUGAUUUCAGUUCAAUGACACUGCCUUCAAAUCAGCUUGGGUUGCUUCCAACCUCAGUCUGAUGUUUUGAUGGCAAAUAAUACAACGUUUUGUCCCCCUGAUUGUCCUAUGCUCUUAUUUGCUAUAUAUUGUUUGACUUUUUCUGUACCUGAUCAGACCUCAUGCCCAUUGUUGUAGAGAUUCUGUACGGAUCUGCACUUGAUGAUGAAUGUGUGUAGUUUCUUUCCAUGUUUCAUUUCUCUCUUCCUUUCCAUUAUUUAAUGGGAAACAGAAUGUCAAAUUUACCAUGUAGUAUUUUUCUGUCAUUUAUUCCACAUUUCAGAUCUCCAUCACAGUGUCACAUUGCUCUCUCUCUCUCUCUCUCUCACACACACACACCCACACACAUACACACAGAGUCCAUCUGCAUAUGCACUCCUCAUAAUGAAGGCUCUCUCCACGCAUCAAUGAAGUUUAAUUUUCACCAGGGAAUGAAUGACAGAGAAAUCAACGCAGGUUAUGACUGGUCCUUAUGAAAUACCUUCUGAAAUCCCCUUUCAUUGCAGUGUGUUAGCUGCAACCAAAUCACUGAUCAAAACACUGGUGCGAAUGGGGGAGAAAAAAUUAAAUGGCAGAAUAGAACGAAGCAGAGAUUUUUUUUUUUUCCUCCUUUUUUUUUUUCCCAUCCUGUAAUUUAUGGACUGUCGGGUUAAGGCUGGAGGACUUUAAAGUGCAUUCCCUGUUGUUUUAAUGUCUUGUUUGCCCACAUCAAUGACCAGCCCAUUCCCUCUCUUAUUAGCAGUUGUUAGUAAUUACACAUGAGAUAAAAAGGUUUAAGGGAUUACAAGCCACAGUUGGCAUUAGAAGCCAUGACCACUUAGCAUUACAGCAUUGGGGGCAGCCCACUAUGACCACAUGUUUCCUGCCACAUUACCCUGGAAACCAGUAUGAAGUCGAUUUCAGGCUCACAUUAAAAACAUCCACGGUACA